GGGUCCUUCUAUCUGGAGGUGACAUUCGCAGUUGCAGGCAACAGCCGGUUAGAGGAGUCCAGAGAAUUAUUAUAAAAUAAAACACCAUGGCACAGGCAGUCCAGAAGCUGGUGGCCAAAGUCCCCACUUUGAUUGGAGCCGCUGCCAGUUACUCUAAGCCCCGGCUAGCGACCUUCUGGCACUACGCUAAAGUAGAGCUCGUGCCCCCUUCCCCAGCCGAGAUUCCCCAGGCCAUUGCUGGAGUCAAGAAAAUUCUCAGCGGUGUCAAUAGUGGACGCCUUGGACAGACCACAGUAAAGGAGGCAUUCAGAAAUGGACUGGUCUGCACUGAAGUGCUGAUGUGGUUUUACAUUGGCGAGUGCAUCGGUAAAAGAGGCAUCGUUGGAUAUGAUGUUUAAAUAUUGGACUGUCCUGUCGCUUGUUGCUCUGAGUGUCGUAUGCUCCUGACUUCCACCUCAAAACUGUGGAUAUCGACUUUAAUAAAUGUUUAUUGUUU